UUGUGACUGCAGAUUGAUCCCACAGGACCAGGAAGGAAAAAGUUAGAAUGUUGGCGUUGGCAUGCAAGCUUUGUGUUCCGUAGAGUUGACGAACUGUGCUGUCUUGAGAGAGCUCGUCGGACUGGUGUGAAUUCUAGUGUGAAAUAGAUGGUUUGAUUGUAGUUGUUGCUAUGGCUGAUGAUAAAGGACCUUUUCUCACGUCUUGUAUCAUUUUUUACCUAUCGAUUGGAGCAGCGCUGUUUCAAAUACUGGAGCAACCGAAUUGGGAAUUGGCCACGUUGGAAUAUAAGAACGAGAAGGACAGAAUUCUUAACAAAUAUCGGUGCUUACGAAAAGAAGACUUGGACGAAAUUUUUGGGGUUGUGUCCCAAGCUGCUGGACAAGGUGUGACCAUCACUGGGGAAAAGGACUACAAGAACUGGGACUGGGGCAACUCUGUCAUCUUUGCUGCCACCAUCAUCACAACCAUAGGUUAUGGAAAUGUGGCUCCCAAGACGGAUGGUGGCCGUGUGUUCUGCAUCCUGUAUGGCCUCUUUGGGAUCCCUCUGUGUCUCACCUGGAUCAGUGAGCUGGGCUCCUUCUUUGGAAACCGAGCCAAGCGCCUGAGCCAGGUUCUGAUCCGUAAAGGCCAGAGCGUGAAAAUGGUUCAGAUUACAUGCACAAUGGUUUUCCUUCUCUGGGGACUUCUGUUUCAUCUGGUGCUCCCCCCACUGGUCUUCAGGAACUUUGAGGGCUGGACCUACCUGGAGGGGCUGUACUUCUCCUUUAUCACCCUCACCACUGUCGGCUUUGGGGACUAUGUAGCAGGUGUCAAUCCAAGCAUUGACUACCCCAGGCUAUACCGGGUGGGUGUGGAGUUAUGGAUGUACAUGGGUCUAGCCUGGCUCUCUCUGUUCUUUAGCUGGAACGUCCAUAUGGUAGUGGAGGUCCACAAGGUCUUUAAGAAGAGGAGGCAGAGACACCGGCUCCCUCCGGACCAACGGCACCACCCCGAAAAGGACAAACAAGUCGCCCCCCUACAACGGCCCAUGGCCAUCGACAUCUUCAACUUCCUGUCUGAGAGGGAAGCGGAGGACUACAGCACGGUUAUCAAGAAGAUUGGCGUCGUGGCCAGGAGGAAGGUGAUUCCCGAGGAGGUGGUGGGGCGCUCCAAGAGCUGCAGUGACCUCCUGGAGAUAUGCACCCUGGAACACUCCCCUCGGCAGAGACGCCGCUUCAGCAUCGGUGAACCCGUGUUCGUCCGGCCCCCGGAGUCCCUCGGAAAUUCCUUCGCGAUGGAGCAGGAGGAGGAGCCUUUGCUUCCUCAGGAGGACUACAGAGAUCCGGUGCCCGAGGAGAAACUUCCGGAUAAGGUCACCACAGGGGAAGAGGGUGGCUGUGUAGACGACCCGAACGAGACCCCCUGUCCUGCCAACUCUCGACACACCUCCAGCACCAGCACAGAAGAGAGCGUCCGGCACCCUAGGGGUGGCUCUACCAGGUUUACCAUAUCCAAGGUAGUGAUGGGGGAUGGGAGAGAGGACAAUGACGAGAACGGGUGACGCUGGUUAUGAUCUUGAAUGACGCAGGACAGUUUCCGUUUCAGAUUUCCAUUCAUCCAUCAUCUUUCGCUUGUCCGGGGGUCGGGUCGCGGGGGCAGCAACCUAAGCAGGGAGGCCCAGACUUUCCUCUCCCCGGGCCACUUCCACCAGCUCUUCCUGGGGGACCCCGAGGCGUUCCCAGGCCAGCCGAGAGACAUAGAUUCCGUUUCAGAUUUUGUGCGUCAAAUUUUUUCCUACUAAAAAAACAGCAGCUUUGCUACCUCGAUAAGCACAUACCUGACGGGUAUUCAGCACCGUUGAAACAAUGAGCCUCCUAUUGAGUUGGCUGUUUUCUUGUAGCUCUCCAAGCUUAUUUUCUCUUUAAAUUGUUAUGACACAAUUGGAGGAUUCUAAAAGUAAGUGCACUACAUCGUUUACAUUUUCAUAUACACUGUUCUCAAACUGUGCGUUUGAUUCUACAGAAGUCUCAUCUCUUACUGUAUGAAAUCAAUGCUUUGUUAUAACAAAUGUAAUGUUUCCAAACAAUAAAAUACAAUGGUAUGUCUUUUUAA